AACUCAUGGAUCUGAUCCGGACAGAGGGCCAGAGGAUGACGGCAGCCCAGCCCUCCGAGACAACCGUGGGCAACAUGGUGCGGCGAGUGCUGAAGAUCAUUCGGGAAGAGUAUGGCAGGCUUCACGGGCGCAGUGAGGAAAGCGACCAGCAAGAAUCCCUGCACAAACUCCUGACUUCCGGAGGACUGAGCGAGGAUUUCAACACCCCUUAUCCUCCCCUCAGAGCUAACGUUAUUGAAGCUAUUAAUGAGCUGCUAAUAGAGCUGGAGGGCACCACGGAUAACAUUGCCAUGCAGGCGCUGGAGCACAUCCACUCCAACGAGGUGAUCAUGACCAUUGGCUACUCGCGCACCGUCGAGGCCUUCCUGAAGGAAGCUGCCCGCAAGAGGAAGUUCCAGGUCAUCGUGGCGGAGUGUGCGCCCUUCUGCCAGGGUCAUGAAAUGGCUGUCCGACUGUCCAAAGAGAACAUUGAAACUACAGUCAUGAGUGAUGCAGCUAUUUUUGCUGUCAUGUCUCGAGUCAACAAGGUCAUCAUAGGUACAAAGACAAUCCUGGCCAACGGCGCCCUGAUUGCCGUCAGUGGGACUCACACUCUGGCGCUGGCAGCCAAGCACCACUCCACUCCACUCAUCGUGUGUGCCCCCAUGUUCAAGCUUUCACCGCAGUUCCCUAAUGAAGAAGAUUCAUUCCACAAGUUUGUGUCACCACAGGAAGUGCUGCCGUUCACAGAAGGGGAGAUCCUGGCAAAGAUCAACGUUCACUGCCCAGUGUUUGACUACGUCCCUCCAGAGCUCAUCACUCUCUUCAUUUCUAACAUUGGGGGUAACGCGCCUUCCUACAUCUACCGCCUCAUGAGUGAGCUCUACCACCCAGAUGACUAUGAACUCUAAUGCCGCACGCCACUCUCCACUUUUCCUGUCUUUCUCUUUAGAAAGACAGAACAGCUAAUUAAAGUGUACAUUGCCAGGGUGGGUUGCCUUGGAGAAUUUGCUCAGCACAAUGUCUUUGCAACCCAAAAGCAACAGAAGGCAGAGCUCUUGUACAGGUACUGAUCCCUGUGCUGUUUUACAAGCCACAUGGAGCUGAUAACUCACUUCGAUUUUGAAACAGCAAGGCACGUGUGUAACUCUCUGGGGCAGCUAGGCUGUUACUU